AUCUUGCUAUCCAAUACGUGGACAAGCUUUCUCACAACAGCUUUCUUACUUUCCAGACUGUAUCAAGUGACUUGUUUAGUUCAGAUUUGUUUGCACCAACUACCGAGAACCUUGGUUUGACUUCAGUGAUGCAGCCAGGACCUGUGCCAACUAAUCCACUGGACCUCUUCAAAGCAAGUCCUACCACAGCACCUCCACUGGUUGGCCUAGGUGGCUUCCCAGUAACUUCAUCACUAUGGAGUGCACAGACCUCUGCCUUCACUCAGGCUGCAUCUGUCUUUCCUGGAUCUAUGAUGCCUGCUCAGCCUACAGGAUUUACUCAACCACUUAGUUUUGGUACUCAAGCAGUGUCAAGCUGGAACCAACCAGCAUCUUCUGGUCCAGCACCCUCUCAGUCCCCUGGUCUGUGGGCACAGCCAGCACAAGUUCCAUCUGCUUCCUGGGCACAGCCAUCCAAUGCUGUAAAUCCAUUCCAGAGUAGUGUAUUCCCACAUUCAACACUACCUGCUCAGACACCAUCUGUACUGCCUUCUAUGUCUACAACUGCUACCCCAUCUCAGCCACCACCUAGAACUGCACCUCAGAAGGAACUAUCCAAGAGAGAGAGUGAUGACUUUAUUGCUUUGGAUGCACUUGGUCAUAGAGAAAUGAAGGAUAUCAAGGAAAUGUUCAAAGACUUCCAGCUGACAAAGCCACCUGCAGUACCAGCAAGGAGAGGGGAGCAGCAAAGCCUUUCAGAACCUCCAAAGCCUGCUCCUCGACAGAGUGCUUUGCCAACUGACAGCCUGUUUGAAAGUCAGCCUAAAACAGACCUUUUCACCACCUCUACUAAGGAAUCUCAGAAACCACCUUCUGGUCCAUUUGGUGAUCCUUUUGGCAACCCAUUUGCAUAGAUCAGGCAUAACCAGAAAAGGACAAAUGGAAUAAUUGGAUCUCUUCUCAACAUGACUUUUCUACUUGUUUCAUUUUGCUGUCUGCCACUCUUGCUGCCAUUCCACAAUGUCUGUAAUCUAAAACACAUCCAGGUGGAUUGAAAAAAUGAACCCUCAAAGAACAUACUGUGAAGAAGAUUCAGGGUAAAGCAAGUAGGAAGUUGGACUCAUGCUGCACAUCCCAGUUCAAGUUGGUGGAUGGUAAUUUUACUUUAGUCUUGGCAGUCUUCCAGGGAAGAGCUUAGCAAUGCUAAGUCAUG